AUGGUUAGUAAGUACUGCUAUGAAGCGCUUGAUAAAUGCUUGGGUGAUAUCAUGAGGUGUUCUCCAACAUAUAGCAAAGAUUUGCCCUUUGGAGGAAAAGUGGUUGUUCUAGGUGGAGACUUUAGACAAAUUCUUUCUGUCAUUCCACGAGGAUCGAGACAAGAUAUCGUUCAUUCAACCGUGAAUUCGUCUUACCUUUGGAAGUUUUGCCAGGUGCUCAAACUAACAAAAAACAUGAGAUUCUCUGUAGGGACGACUACUUCAAAUCAAGAUGAGACAGAGCAAUUUGGUGAGUGGUUAUUGAAAGUUGGUGAUGGUCUAAUAGGUGACAAUAUGGAUAGUGAAUCUGAGAUAUGUCUUCCAAGAGAUAUUGUUAUUCCUUCUUCAGACUAG